AUGGCGUCGAUUGCUAUGAACCUUGCUAAAUCAGCUCCCUCAGUGUCUUCUUUCAAAGACUUGGACGAAUGUCAAGAUCAGACGCAUAACUGUCACUUGAACGCUCAGUGUAACAACACUGUUGGUUCAUUUAAUUGUACUUGUCUUCAAGGAUAUUCGGGAGAUGGCGUGGAUUGCUAUGAUAUUAAUGAAUGUAAAAAAGCAACUCACAACUGCCAUGGAGCAGCUAACUGUUACAACAACGACGGUUCCUUCACCUGCCAAUGUCGGGAUAGUUACAGUGGUGAUGGAAUCUUAAAUUGUGAUCCCUUGGAUUUUAAUUGGACAGGGGACUUCUCAGUGACCAUACGAAACAUUUCGAAGGACAAGUACCAUGCCACUGUUGUCAUGCGUUCUGCAAAAAGUGUUCAAGAAGCGAUAAUCCAAGGUCUACAUAGUGAUGUCGCUGUGUUGUCAAGCAACUUGGAAUGGCGUAUCAUUAGUGAAGCAGAACUCGCUGCCUCAGAGUCAGCAGAGGGAACUAUAGUAAGUAAAGGAACGACUGAGUGGACAAUAACCAGGAGAUCCUUACCUGCUGGUAUCUAUCAAGUCAAAUUCAAUGCUUCUUACACCAUCGGUGAUCCAGCGUUCCCACAGAUGCUCACCGCCUUUGACUUUGGCUUUAUUGAAGUCAUUCCAGCGCCGGUACGAGCCAUUAUUGACGGAGGAAGCAGUGUUCGCUGGGGAUCCAAGGAAAAUGUAACUGUGGAUGGUUCAUUGAGUUACGAUGGAGAUAUUGGUCCUGGAAAUCACACAGGGCUCAAUUUUGCUUGGUCCUGUCUUGAUGUGGAUGACAAUGCUACUAUGACUAAUGAUUGCUUUGGGGCUUUUGUUGGAGACGUUAAUACCAUGUCCGGUAUCAUUACUAUCGACCCUGAUAAAUUAGACGCUAAUAAAAGCUAUGUUCUCAGGCUUACCGUUUCCAAAGAUGUUAGAAGCUCCUUUGCUGAAAUGUCCUUUGAGAUAACUGCUGGAGAGAUACCACAGGUGGCUCUAAGAUGCUUUGUUGAUUGUGGCACGAUAGUAUCCGCUACUAACAAGAUCCGAGUGACAUCAGAAUGCCCUAAUUCCCCUUGCAAUGGUUCAGUUUAUGAAUGGCAAUUAAAAAGAUGGAAUGACGAUUCCGGCAAGUGGGAAGAUAUACCUAUUCUACCUAAUAUGACUUCAACUGCAGUGAAUGCAACCAAUAUGAUUAUUAAGAAGAACUCAUUGCAAUCCAAAUCCAAGUACAGUUUAAAGCUGUACGUGACUUCCUCACAAGGAGCAGAAGGUUUUGCCCUGCUCGAUUUCGAGACAGCUGGAGCACCGCACAGUGGGUACUGCACACCAUCAGUCCAUGAAGGUGUGUCACUUGUGACAGAGUUUACAUUUAAAUGCUUUGAUUGGCAAGAUACAACUGCUCUUACCUAUGAAUUUCAACUUGGAGAUGAGCCAAUAUCCUAUGGAAGCUCUCCCAAGUCUGUGUCGACAGGGUUACCGGCCGGAGAUCAAGAAGACGAUUUCCAGUUGCAAAUUAACGUCAUUAUCAAGAAUGCUGUGGGUGUUGCGGUUGCGAUAAAUCUGGUUGUUAAGGUGAAACCACCUUCCAAUCUCGAUCCUUGCCUUUCGUCGCCAGAUGAGGUUGCCACGAAGUUAAAAAGCUAUGUACUCGGGGAUGGCAAUAAGCUGGACGGAUUUUUGAACAAAGGCGAACUCGCCCAGGCGGCCCAGCUUUCUUUGUCCGUACUCAAGUCUGCCAACGAGAAAAAUGAUUGCGGAAGGACAUUGGAACGGGAAAUAAAAAACUUGAUUUCUGAAACAUUGGUUCUGAAGUUUACAGUAAUAACGCCAGAGAGUCUUGACAUGUCUCGCAUGAUUAUGUCAGUGGUUAGCGCGGCGAUUGGCGGCGAACAACAAGGAAGCGGUGGCGGUGGCGUAGGCGGUGGUAGUGCUAGUCUAGUAAGCAAAAAGCGGGUCACAUGUUAUCUCUGUCUAUUUGAAUCGACGAUGGAAAUGACAGAUAAGACAACAAAUAUGCUAGUUGAUACGCUUAACGAUUUAGAGGAACCAUUUUCUCCUGUCAUGGAGCUUACCGCUCAGAGUGUUACAGGAUGUCUAACCAAUGUUCUUCAGUCGGCAGCAGGCGCAGGAAACUCAGACUCCAGCCCACCAUCCCCAAACUUCGUAAAAACGGCAUCUGAAAAACUGAGCAACAUGAGCGAUGCGUUUUUUGGUCGCCUUGUCCCGUCUGAAGAUUUAGCCAUUAAAACAGCGAACUUGGUGGUUGCCCUAAAGAAGGUCUCUGCUGACGAUGUAAAGGGACUGGGUAUAGAAGAAGGACCUGCAAAAUUUAAGCUACCCAGUAACAUUGGAAAUAUAGGUGGUGGUGUCAUUAAUGCAAAGAUGCAGGCUGUUAUGUUCAAUCCUUUUACCUGGGACAGCAGCAGCAAGAAGAUCAAAUCAACUGUAACUAGUCUCAAUCUUCAAAGUGGCAAUGGGAAAAAGUUUAAUGUAUCAAACCUAGAUAGUGAUAUUGAGAUAGUUAUUCCGAUUUCGAGUCGACCGACAAACAACAGCAACGGGACGGAACAUUAUUUCUUAAAGCCAAGCAAAAUGUCCUUCCGUAGUUAUUACGCAGAACUGGCAGAUGUACCCGUUUCUAUUAAAAUCGGAGUACAGGAAGAAGGCAUUGUUAUUGAAUUAUUUGUCAAAUUUGGAAAAAGACCCACGAUUGAGGACUUCGACCAUAACUUCACCGUUACGUCAACAUGUAGAAACCAAACAAGUGAAACACAAAACAGAACAUCCUGUGUUCUUGAAGAGAAUUCUUUAACAGUGGUGCCUUCUGUGCCAAUUCGUCUUUACAUCGGUCUGCUGUUUCUAGGAGUUAAAGAUGUCAACGAACAUUCCAGAAGACGGAGGUCGUGUUUUGGUCAUGGACGUGAAAGGCGGUCAUGUGUUGGCGUCAAAGACCCGCCACCAAAAGGAGUUACUAAAACCGUUAUUCCCCAGUAUGAUUCUUCGACAGAUGUCAACUAUACUUUCAGUAUCACCCAAUCAAGUUGUUUGUACUGGUCUGAAGAUAAAGAGAAGUGGGCCUCUGAUGGCUGCAGGGUUGACGCUAGUUCAAACACCACCCAUCUUAAGUGCCUUUGCAAUCAUUUAACUUCCUUUGGUGGAAACUUCAUUCAAGCUCCUAAUCCUAUUGAUUUCGACAAAGUUUUCACUGAAUUUACGCGGCUUGGUGAAACUGGCAACAUUUCAGUAAUUGUCACAAUUGCAAGCGCUUUUCUUCUCUACUUCAUUGUGUUAAUCUUUGCAAGAAGAGCUGACAAGAGAGACGAAAAUAAGAUUUGUCCUCCUAAGAACGUAACUGUCGUUGAAGAAGGGAACUAUUUUUACGACAUGGUUAUUAGUACUGGAGUUUGGAAACGUUCCGGAACAACAGCCAACGUAACUCUGAACAUCAAAGGAGAAGUGAAUGAACUAAAGCUAAUUCCACUUCGAAGUAAAGAUGAAUCAAGUGAAAUAUGUGCACGAGGAAGUGUCAAUGGGUUUGUCCUAAUCACAAAUGAAUCGUUGGGUUCUUUAAAGGAAAUAACUUUGGAACACGACAAUUCAGGAGAUAACCCAUCUUGGUUUGUAGAGACAAUAGUAAUAAAAGACAGGCAGACUGAAGAACAGUGGCUGUUCCCGAUAAAUCGAUGGCUUGCGUUGGAAAAAGACGAUGGACAAAUAGAAGUCACCGUGGACAACAAACGCACUGCUUCCUUUUCAGCUCAGGUACGUUCGCGCUUUGGAAGGAAGAUUGCGGACGGUCAUCUAUGGGUUUCAGUUGUUGGAAAAGCCUGCAGUAGUUCUUUCACACGAGUACAAAGAGCCUCGUGUUGUCUUUCAGUUCUCUUCAGUGCCAUGAUUGCCAAUGCCAUGUUCUAUAACACUGGUGGAGAUUCAGAUGGAGCUAUACAGAUUGGGCCAUUCAAGUUUUCUUGGAACCAGAUUGUCGUGGGAGUUCAAAGUGGACUGAUAGUCGCACCUGUUAACAUUCUAAUUGUCUUCCUGUUUAAGUCUAGUAAACCAGAAAGUAAAAAGGGAGACAAAUAUAAAGACAUUGACCACGCUCAACGACUCGUGGAUGAAAUAAGUGACACAGGCUGCAUGUUGCCUCAUUUCUGUGUAUACAUUGGUUGGUUUCUAUGCUUUGUUACAACUCUUACUGCAGCAACAUUCACUUUAUUUUAUAGUCUAAUGUGGGGCAAAGAGGUUGCCGAGCAGUGGCUUGCCUCUAUUUUGAUUUCGAAUGGGCAAGAUAUUUUCGUUGUACAACCAACAAAGGUUAUGCUGGCAGUCAUCGUAAUUUCCUUGCUCUUCAGCAAAAACAAUAAAAACAAAAGCAGAGAUUCUGAAGAAGAGAGUGAAGAACGUGAUACAUAUCACAAUGACAUCGAUUUUCUUAGUGAUGAUCCUAAACAGCGCUUUAAGCAAAGCCUAUUGGAAAAGAUGCGAAUCCGAAGCAAAAAAGAGGCGCAGAUGACAGACAUAGUGAAGGAAAUUGUUAUUCAUCUAAUAUUUAUGUUUCUCUUGGCUAUAGUUUGCUAUGGCAACAAGAAUGAAAGCCGUUAUUUAAUGACAACUACAAUGAGAAAUCCUUUCACGAAGUUUGAUCUGGUGAAAGACUCGCACACACUGUUGGGAUGGCUAAGGCAAGAGUUCCUUCCAAAUGUUUAUAAUCAAGCUUGGUACAAUGGUCUUACAGAGAAAAAUGACAUGUAUAUCACGAACAAAAUGUCAAUAUUGAUCGGCAUGCCUUGGAUGCGACAGCUGAGAGUCAAAAACAGUUCCUGUAGAUCGCUCUCUCACAUCAUCUCAGACUGCUUUUACGAUUAUACGCCCGAGGGCGAGGACACCACAACGCUGAAUCUUCCGGGAUGGAAAUCUCUCCCCUACAAUACAACAUGGCCAAAGUCUCUGCAAAUGUGCCCGAAGCCUUGGCGUUACCACACAGCUGAAGAACUAAACAAUGAUCCAAUAAAAGCCUCGUACAAUUCAUAUGAAGGAGGUGGCUAUGUUGCGAUCUUGGGAUAUGAUGAAGACACUGCCCUCGGCGUCUUAAACGAGACACUUGGACGUGGCUGGGUUGAUCGGCAGACUCGAGCGGUUAUUCUGGAGUUCGCGGUGUUCAAUGUUAAUACAAAUUUGUUCAGCGUUGCUACUUACUUCUACGAGAAGAUCGCCACUGGCGCUGCCUACACUGCAAAGAGGGUUGAUACACUCGAGUUAUACAGCACAGAGUCAGGAGCUCUGAUGUUCUAUCUCAUUUGUCAGUUUGUUUUCAUGGCCAUGGUUCUUUUUUACUUCAUCAUGAUGUUGAUUCACCUUUACCACCAUCGCCUUGGAUUUUUCAAGUCUGUUUGGAAUAUGGUGAACUUCUUAAUGAUUUUAUCUUCUGUAGCGUCAGUGGCGUUCUACAUAACGAGAUCAAAGAGUGUCUUGAAGAGCCUUAAAGCAAUCCAAGCUAAUCCAUAUGAAAUUAUACAUUUUCACUCAGCCUUAGACUGGGCCAGCUGGGAAGAUGCCGCGGUCGCCGUUGCCAUUUUUAUGGUGACACUGAAGCUUUUGAAUCUCAUCCGCUUCAACCCUUAUGUGAUUUUCCUGUUUUCAUCUUUCCGCCAGUCUGUAGGCUACCAAUUGUCUUACGUGGGUGUCUUUCUCAUCGUCUUCAACGCUUUUGUCAUAUCAGGGAUGACACUUUUUGGUGGCACGGUCCCUAACUACUCAAGCUAUCUGCAGGCAGUCAUCUCGCAAUUUGGAUUUCUUUUAGGAAAAGCUGUCCCGCUGGAUGACCUCCGUAAUGACAAGCCCUUUAUUGGUCCAACGUUUGCUCUAUUGUUCAUGUUGUCCAUGACUAUUUUCCUCAUGAAUAUGUUAGUUUCAGUCCUAAAUGAGUCGUAUACAGCCGCCAAGACGCAUGUUGAGGAAAGUGCAGAGCAGUUUGAAAUGGCCCGAUUCAUUGGUGAGCGAUUUAUGGACAUGUUCCGAGAGGGCAAAAGGAAACCUGAAUUCAAGCUAUUCUGCGACGACACAACUUUUACAAACAUGUGCAGUUCUAAUGCAGAACCAUUUUGUUUGAAUUCUGAAAGUAUCAUCCACUGUACCGAACAGAGAAUGGAAAAAGUGGAGAAGAGAUUGCUCGUUCUUACUCGCAGAACACAAAACAUGGAGACUGAUCAUCUAAAAGAGGACUCUGAGUUCCUCGACCUCCUUUAUCAUCUUACCAAUCCUUUUGUGGGCCUUCAAACAAACCGCCAUUAAAGCUAUUUGAGUGCCCGACUGAACUUAUUAUCUAGUAGAUUUACACUAAAACUUAAUAUAAACGCAGGGAACAUGUUUUCCAUUUCUUUUAGAGAAUACUGCAACGAAAAAAAAAAUGUUUACUUUGAUCAUUAAAACUUAAAUUUACUUUGCUAGCGCCAUCGUUACAUGCAUGAACAGCUCGUGCUAGUUCUGUGUUUCUAUCGAGUUUUAGUAUCAAACUUGCGUUUUAUUACGAAUGGCGUUCUCUGAUUGGCUACACUACUCACUUUUCAGUUGCAGAUAGUGAGUAGCGUAGCGGUAAGCGUUUGUUAACUAACUGGCGGCCGCUUCUUUGCGUUUUCGAAGUGUCUGUGAAGAGUAUUUAGAUAAAGUUUUGAACGUUCAGUGAUAAAGUUUUAAAAUAAACAAUUACAUGUAGAUUAUUCGCUCUCGAUUUCUAUGCGAGGUAGUUGACUCGGGUUGCGCCCUCGUCACCUAUCCUGUGAUAGAAAUCGAGAGCGAAUAAUGUAAUUGAAAACGUACCCUGCUGUCGGCUCGUGUUCCCACAGCAUUUCUUGUUCUCCCACCCAAACUUGGACUCGUGCUUCUGUAACUUUGUAGAAACACGAAACACCUUUUCUUUUCUCUUAAACGAUAGGAAGGUGCUAAACAUAUAAAUACGCUUCUUAGAAUUCGAGUAUGUGUAACUAAACAAUAGUGUGGUAACUCACACAGCAUUGAGGUUGUAGAAACGAUGAGAGGCAAACGCUCUCGUUGUAUAUAUUGAAAUUUUUAAUCAUAGUGCCUCUUUUUUAUUAUAUUAUUACUUUAUAAAUAUUAGAGCACAAAAGUAAUGUUAGACAUAGACAUAAACAAUUAUGAGAUUUUUUUCCUGGUAAUAAAUUUCUGCGAUUUUCAGGAAGUCGUCUUCAUUGCCAGCCAGUAGUGUCUGGUUUUUAAAAUAUUUACCGUAACUAAACCACUUGAGUUUAAAAAUACGUUAUCCAGGAUUUUAUUCGCAUAAUAAAUAUCUUCGCGUUCCUGUUAUUUUUGUCACGGAAUUAUUUAUUUCUGUCAUUUUCUUCGCUACUGGAGAACAUCGAGCAUUACCUUGUCUUUGUCUUUUCGAAAUAUGUUAAUUAAAGGCCCUUUUAAAUACCUAAAUGACAUAUUCCCCCAUUUCCCCUAUUUCAUAUUGUGAAGUCUACCUACCGAGCAAGGUUAGAUAUCCGGCCAGCGCCAAUCAUUUCCUUGAAGAUGGUGCAGUACAUAUUCAAAACGUGUAUGGAAACGCCUUUAAGACGCGCUAUAGGCCGAUGCAGCAAUAUCCCAGUUUAAAGAAAUACAUAGUACAAUUUACUGGCAAUGAUUGGUCAAUGGCACAAUAAAGAUGCAAACGAUAUAGGUUCAUCUCAGUUCGAAGUAACUUCGAGAAGUGACCUCGAGAUUUCAACAAACGCCUCUUAACAGAGGUCAACAACUACCGGCGCCUUACAAACGACUUAUC